AUGCCUCACAUCACGUUGACACCGCGAGAGGCAUGCGGAGUUCAUUGCUUCAAAAGGCUCAAGACGUAUGCCAACCAUGCAGAAGCACCUCAAGAGGAGGCUUCUCUCAGCAAUAGGCUCAAGACGUAUGCCAACUUUCCAGAAGCACCUCAAGAGGAGGCUUCUCUCAGCAAUAGGCUCAAGACGUAUGCCAACUUUCCAGAAGCACCUCAAGAGGAGGCCUCUCUCAGGAAUAGGCUCAAGCCGUAUGCCAACUUUCCAGAAUCACCUGAAGAGGAGGCUACUCUCAGCAAUAGGCUUAAGACCUAUGCCAACUUUCCAGAAGCACCUCAAGAGGAGGCUUCUCUCAUCAAUAGGCUCAAGACGCAUGCCAACUUUCCAGAAGCACCUCAAGAGGAGGCUUCUCUCAGCAAUAGGCUCAAGACCUAUGCCAACUUUCCAGAAGCGCCUCAAGAGGAGGCUUCUCUCAUCAAUAGGCUCAAGACGUAUGCCAACUUUCCAGAAGUACCUCAAGAGGAGGCUUCUCUCAGCAAUAGGCUCAAGACCUAUGCCAACUUUCCAGAAGAACCUCAAGAGGAGGCUUCUCUCAUCAAUAGGCUCAAGACCUAUGCCAACUUUCCAGAAGCACUUCAGGAGGAGGCUUCUCUCAGCAAUAGGCUCAAGACGUAUGCCAACUUUCCAGAAGCACCUCAAGAGGAGGCUUCUCUCAGCAAUAGGCUCAAGACGUAUGCCAACCAUGCAGAAGCACCUCAAGAGGAGGCUUCUCUCAGCAAUAGGCUCAAGACGUAUGCCAACUUUCCAGAAGCACCUCAAGAGCAGGCUUCUCUCAGCAAUAGGCUCAAGACGUAUGCCAAUUUUCCAGAAGCACCUCAAGAGGAGGCCUCUCUCAGCAAUAGGCUCAAGACGUAUGCCAAUUUUCCAGAAGCACCUCAAGAGGAGCCUUCUCUCAGCAAUAGGCUCAAGCCGUAUGCCAACUUUCCAGAAUCACCUGAAGAGGAGGCUACUCUCAGCAAUAGGCUCAAGACGUAUGGCAACUUUCCAGAAGCACCUCAGGAGGAGGCUUCUCUCAGCAAUAGGUUCAAGACGUAUGCCAACUUUCUAGAAGCACCUCAAGAGGAGGCUUCUCUAAGCAAUAGGAUAAAGAAGUAUGCCAACUAUCCAGAAACACCUCAAGUCGAGGCUUCUCUCAGCAAUAGGCUCAAGACGUAUGCCAACUUUCCAGAAGCACCUCAGGAGGAGGCUUCUCUCAGCAAUAGGCUCAAGACGUAUGCCAACUUUCCAGAAGCACCUCAGGAGGAGGCUUCUCUCAGCAAUACGCUCAAGACGUAUGCCAACUUUCCAGAAGCACCUCAGGAGGAGCCUUCUCUCAGCAAUAGGCUCAAGACGUAUGCCAAUUUUCCAGAAGCACCUCAAGAGGAGCCUUCUCUCAGCAAUAGGCUCAAGCCGUAUGCCAACUUUCCAGAAUCACCUGAAGAGGAGGCUACUCUCAGCAAUAGGCUCAAGACGUAUGGCAACUUUCCAGAAGCACCUCAGGAGGAGGCUUCUCUCAGCAAUAGGUUCAAGACGUAUGCCAACUUUCUAGAAGCACCUCAAGAGGAGGCUUCUCUAAGCAAUAGGAUAAAGAAGUAUGCCAACUAUCCAGAAACACCUCAAGUCGAGGCUUCUCUCAGCAAUAGGCUCAAGACGUAUGCCAACUUUCCAGAAGCACCUCAGGAGGAGGCUUCUCUCAGCAAUAGGCUCAAGACGUAUGCCAACUUUCCAGAAGCACCUCAGGAGGAGGCUUCUCUCAGCAAUACGCUCAAGACGUAUGCCAACUUUCCAGAAGCACCUCAGGAGGAGCCUUCUCUCAGCAAUAGGCUCAAGACGUAUGCCAAUUUUCCAGAAGCACCUCAAGAGGAGCCUUCUCUCAGCAAUAGGCUCAAGCCGUAUGCCAACUUUCCAGAAUCACCUGAAGAGGAGGCUACUCUCAGCAAUAGGCUCAAGACGUAUGGCAACUUUCCAGAAGCACCUCAGGAGGAGGCUUCUCUCAGCAAUAGGUUCAAGACGUAUGCCAACUUUCUAGAAGCACCUCAAGAGGAGGCUUCUCUAAGCAAUAGGAUAAAGAAGUAUGCCAACUAUCCAGAAACACCUCAAGUCGAGGCUUCUCUCAGCAAUAGGCUCAAGACAUAUGCCUACUUUUCAGAAGCACCUCAAGAGGAGGCUUCUCUCAGCAAUAGGCUCAAGACGUAUGCCAACUUUCCAGAAGCACCUCAGGAGGAGGCUUCUCUCAGCAAUAGGCUCAAGACGUAUGCCAACUUUCCAGAAGCACCUCAGGAGGAGGCUUCUCUCAGCAAUACGCUCAAGACGUAUGCCAACUUUCCAGAAGCAGCUCAGGAGGAGGCUUCUCUCAGCAAUAGGCUCAAGACGUAUGCCAACUUUCCAGAAGCACCUCAGGAGGAGGCUUCUCUCAGCAAUAGGCUCAAGACGUAUGCCAACUUUCCAGAAGCACCUCAGGAGGAGCCUUCUCUCAGCAAUAGGCUCAAGACGUAUGCCAACUUUUCAGAAGCAUCUCAGGAGGAGGCUUCUCUCAGCAAUAGGCUCAAGACGUAUGCCAACUUUCCAGAAGCACCUCAGGAGGAGGCUUCUCUCAGCAAUAGGCUCAAGACGUAUGCCAACUUUCCAGAAGCAACUCAGGAGGAGACUUCUCUCAGCAAUAGGCUCAAGACGUAUGCCAACUUUCCAGAAGCACCUCAGGAGGAGGCUUCUCUCAGUAAUAGGCUCAAGGCGUAUGCCAACUUUCAAGAAGCACCUCAGGAGGAGUCUUCUCUCAGCAAUAGGCUCAAGGCGUAUGCCAACUUUCCAGAAGCACCUCAGGAGGAGGCUUCUCUCAGCAAUAGGCUCAAGACGUAUGCCAACUUUCCAGAAGCACCUCAGGAGGAGGCUUCUCUCCGCAAUAGGCUCAAGACGUAUGCCAACUUUCCAGAAGCACCUCAGGAGGAGGCUUCUCUCCGCAAUAGGCUCAAGACGUAUGCCAACUUUCCAGAAGCACCUCAGGAGGAGGCUUCUCUCAGUAAUAGGCUCAAGGCGUAUGCCAACUUUCCAGAAGCACCUCAGGAGGAGGCUUCUCACAGCAAUAGGCUCAAGGCGUAUGCCAACUUUCCAGAAGCACCUCAGGAGGAGGCUUCUCUCAGCAAUAGGCUCAAGACGUAUGCCAACUUUCCAGAAGCACCUCAGGAGGAGGCUUCUCUCAGCAAUACGCUCAAGACGUAUGCCAACUUUCCAGAAGCACCUCAGGAGGAGCCUUCUCUCAGCAAUAGGCUCAAGACGUAUGCCAACUUUCCAGAAGCACCUCAGGAGGAGGCUUCUCUCAGCAAUACGCUCAAGACGUAUGCCAACUUUCCAGAAGCACCUCAGGAGGAGGCUUCUCUCAGUAAUAGGCUCAAGACGUAUGCCAACUUUCCAGAAGCACCUCAGGAGGAGGCUUCUCUCAGCAAUAGGCUCAAGGCGUAUGCCAACUUUCAAGAAGCACCUCAGGAGGAGUCUUCUCUCAGCAAUAGGCUCAAGGCGUAUGCCAACUUUCCAGAAGCACCUCAGGAGGAGGUUUCUCUCAGCAAUAGGCUCAAGGCGUAUGCCAACUUUCCAGAAGCACCUCAGGAGGAGGCUUCUCACAGCAAUAGGCUCAAGGCGUAUGCCAACUUUCCAGAAGCACCUCAGGAGGAGGCUUCUCUCAGCAAUAGGCUCAAGACGUAUGCCAACUUUCCAGAAGCACCUCAGGAGGAGGCUUCUCUCAGCAAUACGCUCAAGACGUAUGCCAACUUUCCAGAAGCACCUCAGGAGGAGGCUUCUCUCAGCAAUAGGCUCAAGGCGUAUGCCAACUUUCAAGAAGCACCUCAGGAGGAGUCUUCUCUCAGCAAUAGGCUCAAGGCGUAUGCCAACUUUCCAGAAGCACCUCAGGAGGAGGUUUCUCUCAGCAAUAGGCUCAAGGCGUAUGCCAACUUUCCAGAAGCACCUCAGGAGGAGGCUUCUCACAGCAAUAGGCUCAAGGCGUAUGCCAACUUUCCAGAAGCACCUCAGGAGGAGGCUUCUCUCAGCAAUAGGCUCAAGACGUAUGCCAACUUUCCAGAAGCACCUCAGGAGGAGGCUUCUCUCAGCAAUACGCUCAAGACGUAUGCCAACUUUCCAGAAGCACCUCAGGAGGAGCCUUCUCUCAGCAAUAGGCUCAAGACGUAUGCCAACUUUCCAGAAGCACCUCAGGAGGAGGCUUCUCUCAGCAAUACGCUCAAGACGUAUGCCAACUUUCCAGAAGCACCUCAGGAGGAGGCUUCUCUCAGUAAUAGGCUCAAGACGUAUGCCAACUUUCCAGAAGCACCUCAGGAGGAGGCUUUUCUCAGCAAUUGGCUCAAGGCGUAUGCCAACUUUCCAGAAGCACCUCAGGAGGAGGCUUCUCACAGCAAUAGGCUCAAGGCGUAUGCCAACUUUCCAGAAGCACCUCAGGAGGAGGCUUCUCUCAGCAAUAGGCUCAAGACGUAUGCCAACUUUCCAGAAGCACCUCAGGAGGAGGCUUCUCUCAGCAAUACGCUCAAGGCGUAUGCCAACUUUCCAGAGGCACCUCAGGAGGAGGCUUCUCUCAGCAAUAGGCUCAAGACAUAUGCCAACUUUCCAGAAGCACCUCAGGAGGAGGCUUCUCUCAGCAAUAGGCACAAGACGUAUGCCAACUUUCCAGAAGAACCUCAAGAGGAGGCUUCUCUAAGCAAUAGGCUCAAGACAUAUGCCAACUUUCCAGAAGCACCUCAGGAGGAGGCUUCUCUCAGCAAUAGGCUCAAGGCGUAUGCCAACUUUCCAGAAGCACCUCAGGAGGAGGCUUCUCACAGCAAUAGGCUCAAGACGUAUGCCAACUUUCCAGAAGCACCUCAGGAGGAGGCUUCUCUCAGCAAUAGGCUCAAGACAUAUGCCAACUUUCCAGAAGCACCUCAGGAGGAGGCUUCUCUCAGCAAUAGGCACAAGACGUAUGCCAACUUUCCAGAAGAACCUCAAGAGGAGGCUUCUCUAAGCAAUAGGCUCAAGACAUAUGCCAACUUUCCAGAAGCACCUCAGGAGGAGGCUUCUCUCAGCAAUAGGCACAAGACGUAUGCCAACUUUCCAGAAGAACCUCAAGAGGAGGCUUCUCUAAGCAAUAGGCUCAAGAUGUAUGCCAACUUUCCAGAAGCACCUCAGGAGGAGACUUCUCUCAGCAAUAGGCUCAAGACGUAUGCCAACUUUCCAGAAGCACCUCAAGAGGAGACUACUCUCAGCAAUAGACUCAAGACGUAUGCCAACUUUCCAGAAGCACCUCAGGAGGAGGCUUCUCUCAGCAAUAGGCUCAAGACGUAUGCCAACUUUCCAGAAGCACCUCAAGAGGAGGCAUCUCUCAGGAAUAGGCUCAAGACGUAUGCCAACUUUCCAGAAGCACCUCAAGAGGAGGCUUCUCUCAGCAAUAGGCUCAAGACGUAUGCCAACUCUCCAGAAGCACCUCAAGAGGAGACUUCUCUCAGCAAUAGGCUCAAGACGUAUGCCAACUUUCCAGAAGCACCUCAAGAGGAGGCUUCUCUCAGCAAUACGCUCAAGACGUAUGCCAACUUUCCAGAAGCACCUCAAGAGGAGGCUUCUCUCAGCAAUAGGCUCAAGACAUAUGCCAACUUUCCAGAAGCACCUCAAGAGGAGGCUUCUCUCAGCAAUAGGCUCAAGACGUAUGCCAACUUUCCAGAAGCACCUAAAGAGGGGGCUUCUCUCAGCAAUAGGCUAAAGACGUAUGCCACCUUUGCAAAAGCACCUCAAGAGGAGGCUUCUCUCAGCAAUAGGCUCAAGACGUAUGCUAACUUUCCAGAAGCACCUCAAGAGGAGGCUUCUCUCAGCAAUAGGCUCAAGACGUAUGCCAACUUUCCAGAAGCACCUCAGGAGGAGGCUUCUCUCAGCAAUAGGCUCAAGACGUAUGCCAACUUUCCAGAAGCACCUCAGGAGGAGGCUUCUCUCAGCAAUAGGCUCAAGACGUAUGCCAACUUUCCAGAAGCACCUCAAGAGGAGGCUUGUCUCAGCAAUAGGCUCAAGACGUAUGCCAACUUUCCAGAAGCACCUCAGGAGGAGGCAUCUCUCAGCAAUAGGCUCAAGACGUAUGCCAACUUUCCAGAAGCACCUCAGGAGGAGGCUUCUCUCAGCAAUAGGCUCAAGACGUAUGCCAACUUUCCAGAAGCACCUCAGGAGGAGCCUUCUCUCAGCAAUAGGCUCAAGACGUAUGCCAACUUUCCAGAAGCACCUCAGGAGGAGGCUUCUCUCAGCAAUAGGCUCAAGACGUACGCCAACUUUCCAGAAGCACCUCAGGAGGAGGCUUCUCUCAGCAAUAGGCUCAAGACGUAUGCCAACUUUCCAGAAGCACCUCAGGAGGAGGCAUCUCUCAGCAAUAGGCUCAAGACGUACGCCAACUUUCCAGAAGCACCUCAGGAGGAGGCUUCUCUCAGCAAUAGGCUCAAGACGUAUGCCAACUUUCCAGAAGCACCACAGGAGGAGGCUUCUCUCAGCAAUAGGCUCAAGACGUAUGCCAACUUUCCAGAAGCACCUCAGGAGGAGGCUUCUCUCAGCACUAGGCUCAAGACGUACGCCAACUUUCCAGAAGCACCUCAGGAGGAGGCUUCUCUCAGCAAUAGGCUCAAGACGUAUGCCAACUUUCCAGAAGCACCUCAGGAGGAGGCAUCUCUCAGCAAUAGGCUCAAGACGUACGCCAACUUUCCAGAAGCACCUCAGGAGGAGGCUUCUCUCAGCAAUAGGCUCAAGAAGUAUGCCAACUUUCCAGAAGCACCUCAAGAGGAGGCUUCUCUCAGCAAUAGGCUCAAGACGUAUGCCAACUUUCCAGAAGCACCACAGGAGGAGGCUUCUCUCAGCAAUAGGCUCAAGACGUAUGCCAACUUUCCAGAAGCACCUCAGGAGGAGGCUUCUCUCAGCACUAGGCUCAAGACGUAUGUCAACUUUCCAGAAGCACCUCAAGAGGAGGCUUCUCUCAGCAAUAGGCUCAAGACGUAUGCCAACUUUCCAGAAGCACCUCAGGAGGAGGCUUCUCUCAGCAAUAGGCUCAAGACGUAUGCCAACGUUCCAGAAGCACCUCAGGAGGAGGCUUCUCUCAGCAAUAGGCUCAAGACUUAUGCCAACUUUCCAGAAGCACCUCAGGAGGAGGCUUCUCUCAGCACUAGGCUCAAGACGUAUGCCAACGUUCCAGAAGCACCUCAGGAGGAGGCUUCUCUCAGCAAUAGGCUCAAGACGUAUGCCAACUUUCCAGGAGCACCUCAGGAGGAGGCUUCUCUCAGCAAUAGGGUCAAGACGUAUGCCAACUUUCCAGGAGCUCCUCAGGAGGAGGCUUCUCUCAGCAAUAGACUCAAGACGUAUGCCAACGUUCCAGAAGCACCUCAGGAGGAGGCUUCUCUCAGCAAUAGGCUCAAAACGUAUGCCAACUUUCCAGAAGCACCUCAGGAGGAGGCUUCUCUCAGCACUAGGCUCAAGACGUAUGCCAACGUUCCAGAAGCACCUCAGGAGGAGGAUUCUCUCAGAAAUAGGCUCAAGACGUAUGCCAACUUUCCAGAAGCACCUCAGGAGGAGGCUUCUCUCAGCACUAGGCUCAAGACGUAUGCCAACUUUCCAGAAUCACCUCAGGAGGAGGCUUCUCUCAGCAAUAGGCUCAAGACGUAUGUCAACUUUCCAGAAGCACCUCAAGAGGAGGCUUCUCUCAGCAAUAGGCUCAAGACGUAUGCCAACUUUCCAGAAGCACCUCAGGAGGAGGCUUCUCUCAGCAAUAGGCUCAAGACGUAUGCCAACUUUCCAGAAGCACCUCAGGAGGAGGCUUCUCUCAGCAAUAGGCUCAAGACGUAUGCCAGCUUUCCAGAAGCACCUCAGGAGGAGGCUUCUCUCAGCAAUAGGCUCAAGACGUAUGCCAACUUUCCAGAAGCACCUCAAGAGGAGGCUUCUCUCAGCAAUAGGCUCAAGACGUAUGCCAACUUUCCAGAAGCACCUCAAGAGGAGGCUUCUCUCAACAAUAGGCUCAAGACGUAUGCCAACUUUCCAGAAGCACCUCAGGAGGAGGCUUCUCUCAGCAAUAGGCUCAAGACGUAUGCCAACUUUCCAGAAGCACCUCAGGAGGAGGCUUCUCUCAGCAAUAGGCUCAAGACGUAUGCCAACUUUCGAGAAACACCUCAGGAGGAGGCUUCUCUCAGCAAUAGGCUCAAGACGUAUGCCAACUUUCCAGAAGCACCUCAGGAGGAGGCUUCUCUCAGCAAUAGGCUCAAGACGUAUGCCAACUUUCCAGAAGCACCUCAGGAGGAGGCUUCUCUCAGCAAUAGGCUCAAGACGUAUGCCAACUUUCGAGAAACACCUCAGGAGGAGGCUUCUCUCAGCAAUAGGCUCAAGACGUAUGCCAACUUUCCAGAAGCACCUCAGGAGGAGGCUUCUCUCAGCAAUAGGCUCAAGACGUAUGCCAACUUUCCAGCAGCACCUCAGGAGGAGGCUUCUCUCAGCAAUAGGCUCAAGACGUAUGCCAACUUUCCAGAAGCACCUCAGGAGGAGGCUUCUCUCAGCAAUAGGCUCAAGACGUAUGCCAACUUUCCAGAAGCACCUCAGGAGGAGGCUUCUCUAAACAAUAGGCUCAAGACGUAUGCCAACUUUCCAGAAGCACCUCAGGAGGAGGCUUCUCUCAGCAAUAGGCUCAAGACGUAUGCCAACUUUCCAGAAGCACCUCAGGAGGAGGCUUCUCUCAGCAAUAGGGUCAAGACGUAUGCCAACUUUCCAGAAGCACCUCAAGAGGAGGCUUCUCUCAGCAAUAGGCUCAAGACGUAUGCCAACUUUCCAGAAGCACCUCAAGAGGAGGCUUCUCUCAGCAAUAGGCUCAAGACGUAUGCCAACUUUCCAGAAGCACCUCAGGAGGAGGCUUCUCUCAGCAAUAGGCUCAAGACGUAUGCCAACUUUCCAGAAGCUCCUCAGGAGGAGGCUUCUCUCAGCAAUAGGCUCAAGACGUAUGCCAACUUUCCAGAAGCACCUCAGGAGGAGGCUUCUCUCAGUAAUAGGCUCAAGACGUAUGCCAACUUUCCAGAAGCUCCUCAGGAGGAGGCUUCUCUCAGCAAUAGGCUCAAGACGUAUGCCAACUUUCCAGAAGCACCUCAGGAGGAGGCUUCUCUCAGCAACAGGCUCAAGACCUAUGCCAACUUUCCAGAAGCACCUCAGGAGGAGGCUUCUCUCAGCAAUAGGCUCAAGACGUAUGCCAACUUUCCAGAAGCACCUCAGGAGGAGGCUUCUCUCAGCAUUAGGCUCAAGACGUAUGCCAACUUUCCAGAAGCACCUCAGGAGGAGGCUUCUCUCAGCAAUAGGCUCAAGACGUAUGCCAACUUUCCAGAAGCACCUCAGGAGGAGGCUUCUCUCAGCAAUAGGCUCAAGACGUAUGCCAACUUUCCAGAAGCACCUCAGGAGGAGGCUUCUCUCAGCAAUAGGCUCAAGACGUAUGCCAACUUUCCAGAAGCACCUCAGGAGGAGGCUUCUCUCGGCAAUAGGCUCAAGACGUAUGCCAACUUUCCAGAAGCACCUCAGGAGGAGGCUUCUCUCAGCAAUAGGUUCAAGACGUAUGCCAACUUUCCAGAAGCACCUCAGGAGGAGGCUUCUCUCAGCAAUAGGCUCAAGACGUAUGCCAACUUUCCAGAAGCACCUCAGGAGGAGGCUUCUCUCAGCAAUAGGCUCAAGACGUAUGCCAACUUUCCAGAAGCACCUCAGGAGGAGGCUUCUCUCAGCCAUAGGCUCAAGACGUAUGCCAACUUUCCAGAAGCACCUCAGGAGGAGGCUUCUCUCAGCAAUAGGCUCAAGACGUAUGCCAACUUUCCAGAAGCACCUCAGGAGGAGGCUUCUCUCAGCAAUAGGCUCAAGACGUAUGCCAACUUUCCAGAAGCACCUCAGGAGGAGGCUUCUCUCAGCAAUAGGCUCAAGACGUAUGCCAACUUUCCAGAAGCACCUCAGGAGGAGGCUUCUCUCAGCAAUAGGCUCAAGACGUAUGCCAACUUUCCAGAAGCACCUCAGGAGGAGGCUUCUCUCAGCAAUAGGCUCAAGACGUAUGCCAACUUUCCAGAAGCACCUCAGGAGGAGGCUUCUCUCAGCAAUAGGCUCAAGACGUAUGCCAACUUUCCAGAAGCACCUCAGGAGGAGGCUUCUCUCAGCAAUAGGCUCAAGACGUAUGCCAACUUUCCAGAAGCACCUCAGGAGGAGGCUUCUCUCAGCAAUAGGCUCAAGACGUAUGCCAACUUUCCAGAAGCACCUCAGGAGGAGGCUUCUCUCAGCAAUAGGCUCAAGACGUAUGCCAACUUUCCAGAAGCACCUCAGGAGGAGGCUUCUCUCAGCAAUAGGCUCAAGACGUAUGCCAACUUUCCAGAAGCACCUCAGGAGGAGGCUUCUCUCAGCAAUAGGCUCAAGACGUAUGCCAACUUUCCAGAAGCACCUCAGGAGGAGGCAUCUCUCAGCAAUAGGCUCAAGACGUAUGUCAACCUUCCAGAAGCACCUCAGGAGGAGGCUUCUCUCAGCAAUAGGCUCAAGACGUAUGCCAACUUUCCAGAAGCACCUCAGGAGGAGGCUUCUCUCAGCAAUAGGCUCAAGACGUAUGCCAACUUUCCAGAAGCACCUCAGGAGGAGGCUUCUCUCAGCAAUAGGCUCAAGACGUAUGCCAACUUUCCAGAAGCACCUCAGGAGGAGGCUUCUCUCAGCAAUAGGCUCAAGACGUAUGCCAACUUUCCAGAAGCACCUCAGGAGGAGGCUUCUCUCAGCAAUAGGCUCAAGACGUAUGCCAACUUUCCAGAAGCACCUCAGGAGGAGGCUUCUCUCAGCAAUAGGCUCAAGACGUAUGAAAACUUCCCAGAAGCACCUCAGGAGGAGGCUUCUCUCAGCAAUAGGCUCAAGACGUAUGCCAACUUUCCAGAAGCACCUCAGGAGGAGGCUUCUCUCAGCAAUAGGCUCAAGACGUAUGCCAACUUUCCAGAAGCACCUCAGGAGGAGGCUUCUCUCAGCAAUAGGCUCAAGACGUAUGCCAACUUUCCAGAAGCACCUCAGGAGGAGGCUUCUCUCAGCAAUAGGCUCAAGACGUAUGCCAACUUUCCAGAAGCACCUCAGGAGGAGGCUUCUCUCAGCAAUAGGCUCAAGACGUAUGCCAACUUUCCAGAAGCACCUCAGGAGGAGGCUUUUCUCAGCAAUAGGCUCAAGACGUAUGCCAACUUUCCAGAAGCACCUCAGGAGGAGGCUUCUCUCAGCAAUAGGCUCAAGACGUAUGCCAACUUUCCAGAAGCACCUCAGGAGGAGGCUUCUCUCAGCAAUAGGCUCAAGACGUAUGCCAACUUUCCAGAAGCACCUCAGGAGGAGGCUUCUCUCAGCAAUAGGCUCAAGACGUAUGCCAACUUUCCAGAAGCACCUCAGGAGGAGGCUUCUCUCAGCAAUAGGCUCAAGACGUAUGCCAACUUUCCAGAAGCACCUCAGGAGGAGGCUUCUCUCAGCAAUAGGCUCAAGACGUAUGCCAACUUUCCAGAAGCACCUCAGGAGGAGGCUUCUCUCAGCAAUAGGCUCAAGACCUAUGCCAACUUUCCAGAAGCACCUCAGGAGGAGGCUUCUCUCAGCAAUAGGGUCAAGACGAUUGCCAACUUUCCAGAAGAACCUCAGGAGGAGGCUUCUCUCAGCAAUAGGCUCAAGACGUAUGCCAACUUUCCAGAAGCACCUCAGGAGAAGGCUUCUCUCAGCAAUAGGGUCAAGACGAUUGCCAACUUUCCAGAAGAACCUCAGGAGGAGGCUUCUCUCAGCAAUAGGCUCAAGACGUAUGCCAACUUUCCAGAAACACCUCAGGAGGAGGCUUCUCUCAGCAAUAGGAAUCCCAAAAUCCCUGUGGCUACUGGAAAGGGUCCUUGGGUGCCCUGCGUCACCUCGAGAAUCAUCGCUUUUGCCAUGCCAAGCCUGGAAGAGAUUCCUGAAGUGUCCCUCGUUACUAGACAAGAGUCCUGA